UUUAGUUUUGGUUUUACCUCGGAGGUGGGUGGAAAAGAAUCUAGCAAAUAGUCUCAGUCUGAGUAUUCUAGUGGCCGGGAUGGACCCGACUAGGGUAGAAUGGGGUAGAGCGAGACUGUCUGCUGGGGAGAAGGAAGUUUAUAACCAAGUUGUGGAUUCCUUGAUGGGAGGAGGGUUUUGUUUAUCUAAGGGAAAAGUUAAAAGAUUUGUUAAAUGGAUUUUCUUUCAUUUUCCAACUACUGCCUUUGAUGAAGUAAAAACGCUAAGAUUUUGGGAUAAGAUCGGAAUGAAACUUGGAGAAGAUGCAAUGAUAGAUGGUGAAUCAAAAAGUAAUUUUUAAUCAAAUUUUAAUUACUUUUUAAUCAAAAAGUAAUUUUUAUCCUCUCUUUAUAAAAUUGAAAAUUAUCACAUUAGUAAUGGAAAACAAAGUGAAAGAAAAUCCAAAUAAAUCUUCCCCAGUUCCUCUUGAAACCCCUGCUCCAGUUCCCCUUUUUCCUGACCCCCAGCCUCCUGAACCGAGUGAGCUGAGGGGAGCAAACCACCUGCAGCAAGUGCACAGCUGCCCCCACAUUGUGGGUCUCCCUAGCUGCCCACAUCUCCCCCGGUUCCCCUCUGGCUCUGGCAGGACUGAUCACCCUGUCAGAGCUCCUUCCCUAGACCCUAAUACAUCACCCCUUUUACCUGUAGUAAAACCUGUAGAUCGUCCCCCAGAUUCCUCACCUCACCCAGAGUCUCAGAAUGGAGAAUGUCAAAUAGCUUUGCCUUCAUUUUGUGGUUCUUCCCCCCAUAAUCCCUUUCUCACCCGCUCCCUUCCCCCUUACCUCGAGUCACAAAAUGUUGGACACCGCAUGGCUUGGUCCCCAUCUUGUGGUCCUCCUUCUACUUCCCAUAAUCGCUUUUUCCUUUGUUCCCUUCCCCUGUCUCAAAACCCACAGUUGUGCUCUGGCUUCUCCUCUUCCCAUCCUCAAAUUCCCCUAGCUUUACCCCGUGUAUCUCCCUUCAAUGAAGUGUUUCUAGAUUUUGUAGGCAAAGUCAGAAAGGUAGUGAAAAAGAGAACUCCUAGAUUAAAAGCCCAAGAUGACAUCAUAAUAAACAUCGUAACUGAAGGUGCAAAUGAAGACUGCAAGACUCAGCCUUCCUUCUUCACCACCACCAUUGUUAGGCCUAAGUAUAGAAGAAUGUACCAGAAAAGCAAGACUUCCUCAAGCAGAAGCACUAAAGAAAGUCACCACAGCAGGAACAGAGCCUCCACUACCUUCCACAUCAAUGUGACGUCCGUAGCGGACAACAUGUGGAAACAACUGAACAUCUUUACAGAAUAGAGUUUGUCCGGAUGGAUGUCAUCUGUUAUCAAAGACAUUUGUUUAGUUGUGUUAAUGCUGUGCCUAAUUUCUGUUGUUAUUAGCGUUUGUAGAAAACUGUUUGUUAAAAGUGUUGCCAACUCCAGCCGGGAACCCUCUCCCCCUCAGUGAUGGUAGAAAGAAUCCAAAGUUUAAUUAGACACCAUUGCCACUGCCAUCAUCCCCUCAACACUAUAAUAAAAAUUAAACAAAAAAGGGGGAAUUGGAGCAGUGGGGG